AUGGGCUCCUGGGAGGUAUGGUGCCUGCUGAUCAGCCUGGUGCUAUCUGCAGCAGCAGAAUCCGAGCCUCCUAUGACAGAAAGGCAGUGGCGGCCAGUUGACAUAGUCUUAGAUUGCUUCUUGGUGAAGAAUAGUGGGCACCAUGGAACUUUUGCCAGCAAUAAAAACAUGGUCAAGGCCUUGCUUGUGUUGAGGAAGGUGCCCAUGCUGGAUGAUGGCUCCUUGGAAGGCUUUACGGAUUUCCAAGGGGGUGCCUUGACCCAAGACCAUCCACCUGUUACCUUUGAGGCCUCAGUGGACCUGGUACAGAUUCCCCAAGCCGAGGCCUUACUCCAUGCUGACUGCAGUGAGAAGGAGGUGACCUGUGAGAUCUCCCGCUACUUUCUCCAGACCAGACAAGAGGCCACUGUUGAGACCGCAGCUUGGUUCAUCACUAAUGUGCAGGUGUCUGGAGGGGGCCCUAGUGUCUCCAUGGUGAUGAAGACCCUCUGGGAUGCUGAGAAGGAGGCUAUCUGGCAAACCUCGAUGCACCUGUCCCUGAGUCCCCAGGACACUGUGAGGACUGUAGUGGAGUUCCAGGUGUCCACACAGACUCCAUCCCUGACUUUCCUGCUGGGGGCCUCGGCCACCCUGCACUGUGGCUUCUCCACAGCACCAGGCUUGGACCUCAUCAGCGUGGAGUGGCGGUUACAGUAUAAGGGCAGUGGCUGGCUGGUGUACAGCUGGACCACAGGGCAGGGUCAGGCCAAGCGGGAAGGUGCUACCCUCGGGCCUGAGCAGCUCCUCAUGGCUGGGGAUGCCUCACUCACCCUACCCAGCCUCACUCCAAAAGACGAGGGAACCUACAUCUGUCAGAUCACCACCUCUCUCUACCGAGCUCAACAAAUCAUCCAGGUCAACGUCCAAGCUCCCCCCAAAGUACAACUGAACUUGGUAAACAAAGCUCAGGCACCCAUCCUCAUCUGCAACAUUGCUGGCUAUUACCCUCUGGACGUGGCUGUGACGUGGACCCGAGAGGAGCUGGGAGGGAUCCCAGUCCAAGUCUCAGGGGCCUCCUACUCUAGCCUCAGGCAAAGCAUAGCAGGCACCUACAGCAUCUCCUCCUUCCUAAGAAUAGAGCCUGGCUCUGCAGGUGCCACAUACACCUGCCAAGUCACCCACAUCUCCCUGGAAGAGCCCCUUGUGGUCAGCACCUGGGUUGCCCUACCAGAGAGGAGAAUGUCCUUUGGAGUCUUCUUUGCCACCAGCCUCUUCCUUCUUGCACUGUUGUUCUUGCACUGUUUUCAGAGGCAGAAAGCACCUGCAGAAGUUGGGCUGCUACAGGUACAAAUGCUGAAAACAGAGCCCACUUCCUCUGCUGACACACAGAAGUCUUUUGAUCACAUGCAACAUCCUAUGCUGAAGGUAGCUGGAGGCCACAAGACAGGCCGAGCAACUCCCACUCUCAGGUCUCACUGUCUGUAUCCAUAA